CUCUCUCCCUUCUUCAUCUCUUCUCUCUUCAACACCAGAUCCAAACUUCUAUCAAUAUCCAAACCCCAAAACCCAUCCCACCAUCUCUGCAAAGCCAAUGGCCUAUUCACAUAUGAUUAUUCCAGAUAGAAGUCAAUGGAGAGGGCAUGGAGAAGGGUAAAAAAUCCAAACCCAGCCAAACCUAGAAAUAAAAAAACCAUUCCUAGCCCUAAAUCGCGAUUCCUCCAUGGCAGAGUCCCCUAAUCGAUCGGAGCAAGAGAAGACAGGGGAUGCAGAGGAUGGGUUUUCAUCAAUUUUCCUGCAAAGUUUUCUUCUUUUUGCGAUUUUGUGGUGUGGGUGUUGAACAAGAAUUGAUCUUGCUGCUCCUGGGAACAAGAUCUGGUUUUUUUCCUUGGUUCUUCAUUCCCCUAUCCUGGAUUUAGGGCCAAAUAGGAUGCAAAACUAGGUUUUGAGAAGCAAAUGAAAAAAAAAUGAUGUGAUGUUGUGGGUUCGUUAGUCUGUGGUGGUUGCGGGUAUGAGUUUGAUGACGACGGUGGUUUGGUUCGGUUUCUGCAAGGAAGAAAGUGGAGCCUCGGAAUGUCUCGAGUUCAGGUACGAGGAGAUCGGGUUCGAUAGGCAGUUUGGCGAAUUCAGUUUAUGUUCCGCCGAGGCGGAGUAGCACCGGAGGAUUGGUCCAGAGGCCGUCAGUGUCUGGGUAUGAGUUUCAGAGGUUCAGAUCUGGUUUAUUUGGUUUUGUUUGUAAAGCUUGAAUCUUUGGAGAAAAAUAUGGUGUUGUAUCUGUAUCUUAGUGCUUAAAGUUGCCUACUUUUUAGAUAAAUGGUUUCAGGUCACUGAAUCUUUUUGUUGUUGUUGAAUGAUGAACAUGAUGAGGUGAGUGGUUGCUGAAGCAAACAAAUCUACAGGAGGAGAGAGGACCUGAGGAAUUGGGGAAGAUGAUAAUGAACAACCAUCUUAAAAUGUGGAUUAUUAAUAAUUAUUUCCCUAAUUAUAUUAUAAUAUAUUAAAUAUUUUUAUUUUUAUAAAAUAUAAAUUACUUGCUAAAUUUCCUAUGCACAAGUUUUUAGAAGACCAUAAUAAACUUCUCUCCUUCCUUCCAAAACCUCUUAUAUAAUCUGACCCACUUUCUCAUCACCUGCUCUCCUCAAUCACUCUCUCACCCUUUCAUGCCAUGCUUUUCCCUGUUCACAACUCAGGCCUCUACAUAAAACAUCACACUAUUCUUCAAAACCCGCAGUACUAUUGAGAUCAUCCCAUUCCCUCAGCAUGAUUCUUGGCGUGCCUCAGUGAACUAACCUGCAGGAAGAACAACAACAUCGUCACCUUCAUUUAUAACAACCAAUUAACACAAACAAUCCACACACGUUCUCUCUGCCUCUGUCUCUGCUCUGAAUCCUCAGAAAAAAGAAACUGCACAUUCCGUACCUGUCUUUCAAACGUCACCCAAUUGGAAGACGUAACGAAAGUAACGUUUUCCUACAGAUUUCACUUUUACUAUUUAUCAUCAUCACUCACCACUCAAUCAAGAUUCAAACUCACUUCUUCAGCUAGCUAGCACUUGUUUGUGAUGGGGAAUUGCCAAGCUGCAGAGGCUGCCACGGUUGUGAUUCAGCACCCAGGGAACAAGAUUGAGAGGAUUUAUUGGUCGCUAAGCGCCAACCAGGUUAUGAAUUUAAACCCUGGUCACUAUGUUGCACUUGUCUUAAUGUCUUCUGAGAAUAACAACAACAAUGGUACGCCAUUGAAUUCAAAGCAUCUUAAGCUUCUGAGACCCGAAGAUACUUUGCUUAUUGGCCAGGUUUACCGCUUGAUCAGCUUCGAAGAUGUUUUAAAAGAGUUUGCUUCCAAGAAAUCUGGUAAGCUUGGGAAAUUGCUCAAAGAGAGAGGUACUCAUGGGGUUCACCUUAAGCACAAAGAUUCCAGAGCUACAAGUUCUGAUACUCCCAUUAAGGUGGAACAGGAUAUUCAACGAAUGGGAAACAAUGGCAGCAGCAGCAAUAACAAAGGUGUAGGAAGGCAUUUCAAUGGUGGUAGUGGGCAUUGGAGGCCAGCUUUACAGAGCAUUGCAGAAAUUGGAACUUGAAAGCAAUGUUAUCUUAUCCCCUCUGACCCCCAUCACUCCCAUGAAUUACAGAUCAAACCAUGCGCCAACAUUCCUUUCCUUUCACCCUUUUCAAUACAUUCAUAUUAUGUAAUGUAAUCUUGUGAAUUUUAGGUGUGAUAUCUCACGUUGAUUAUUAGCAUGUUUGAAAAAUUGUAUGAACUUUUUUCAUUCAAAAUCAAUUGUGUCACUUAGAAGUUAAUCACAUAAGUUUUAUUUUAUAA